AGUAAAGAUGCUGAUCCGAGUGGAGAUGGAACUGAGGAUUCUUUUAGCUUAAUUGCCCUUGUUGAACGUUUAAAGCAACAGAUUGCUAGAGAAGAUAUACGAUUUGUCCGGUUUGAAGCUACUGAUCUGCAUGGUGUGUCAAGGUCAAAAACCAUUCCUGCACGUUUUUUUCCAGACAAAGCUUUGAAUGGAAUUUGCAUGCCAAGAAGUUAUCUUGAACUGACUUUGGACCGCAAAGACAAUGAAGUAGACCAAAUUAGUUCUAAACAAUUUAAUAGUGAUAUUUUGUUAAAACCAGAUUUACAAACAUUCCAAGUUCUACCAUGGAACGACAAAACUGCAAGAGUGAUCUGUGACUCAUUUACGUUCCUAGGCAAUCCUCUUCUUACUUCACCACGAUAUCUAGCUAAACAUUUACUUAGUCAAUUACAGGAAAGAGGAUUUUUGCUACAUUCUGCUUUCAUAUACGAAUUUUGUAUAUUUGGAGUUGCUGAAAUUAUAAAUUCAAAGACAAUUGCAUUCCCUGCUGCAACAUUGCUCUCUGAUCACCAGAUGUUCAUGCAAGAAUUCUUAGAGGGGAUGUAUUACAUUGGUGGGAACAUUGAAAGCUUUUCAUCUUCCAGUUUUCCUGGACAAAUGCAGGUUUCCUUUGUGCCUGAAUAUGGUUUGGCCGCUGCUGACAAUGCCUUCACUUUUAAAACUGGCAUUAAAGAAGCAGCUAAGAAACAAGACUACAUAACAAGUUUUUAUACUGACUCUGCGGGUUUUUAUAAUUCCGGAGUUUUAUCACACAGUUUGUGGGAUGUUAGUGGAGCCAAAAAUGUAUUUCAUACUGGGUCUCGUGGAGAAGUUCUUACAGACAUUGGCAAAAAAUGGUUAUCAGGUCUUCUGCAGCAUUCAGCUGCACUGAGCUGCCUAGUUUCUCCAGGAGCAGCAAGCCGCAAACGUUUCUUGAAAGAUGAGAAAGACCCUCAAGAUAGCAUCUGUACCACUUGGGGAUCUAACAACAAAACCUUUGCCUACAAUAUUAAAUCUCAUGGCUGCAAUGGAACCUAUAUAGAAAACAUGUUGUGUUCAUCCACAGCCAACCCCUACUUAGUUUUAGCUGCCACAGUUGCCGCGGGCCUGGAUGGAAUCAGAAGGGGCCUUGACUUAAUAGAAGGCACUAACAGUCAUACUAAACUUACUGAACAGAAAGCACCCUCAAUACCACUGAAACUAGAGGAUGCCCUGACUGCCUUGGAAGAGGACACAUAUAUGAGAGCAUCCUUGGGUGAACCUUUUAUUCACUAUUUUAUGGCAAUGAAACGGUAUGAAUUAGAGACAGAUGAGGGAGACACAGAGAGAAAUAAAUUUUUGGAAUACUUUAUAUGA